AUGUCGUCUGUCCGUGCUCAGAAAGGUGGUGUCUUCUUCCUACAUGGCUACGGGGGAACCGGUAAAACGUAUAUGUGGCGAACACUUGCAAGUGCUUUGAGGUCAAAACAUGAUAUAUGUUUAACCGUGGCAACGAGUGGAAUUGCUUCGCUGUUAUUGCCCGGAGGUAGAACUGCACACUCUAAAUUCAAGAUACCCGUUCCAACAAUGGAUAACUCUACGUGCAAAAUCGAGUACGAUGAUGAUGUUGCAGAACUUCUAAGGCAGACAAAGCUUAUUAUAUGGGAUGAAGCAACCAUGGCACACAAACAUGCAUUCGAAGCACUCGAUCGAACUUUGAAGGAUGUAAUGCGUACGUAUGGUAAUUCAAAGGACGUCUUUGGUGGGAAGGUAGUUGUCUUCGGCGGUGAUUUUAGACAGAUUUUGCCUGUUGUGCCCAGAGGGAGUCGUUCAGAUAUCGUACACGCAGCCAUUAAUGCCUCUUAUAUAUGGCGUGAUGUACAAGUGUUAACCUUAACGCAAAAUAUGCGCCUUCAGAGCGGGCCAAAUGAUCAUGAAAAGAAAGAAAUUGCAGAAUUUUCAAAAUGGCUAUUGAAGAUAGGUGAAGGGAAACUAUCUGAGCCAAAUGAUGGAUUUGCUGACAUUGAAUUGCCACCGGAACUGUUAAUUACAGAUUAUGACGACCCUGUUGUUGCCAUUGUCAACAAUACGUACCCGGAUUUUAAAAAAAAUUACCAGUCGAAUGACUACCUCAAAAGUCGCGCCAUACUCGCUUCUACAUUAGAAGUUGUUGAUCAAAUUAACAAUCAUGUUCUUGAUUUGAUGCCAGGGGAGAUCAAAGAUUAUUACAGCUCAAAUACGGUUGAUAAGUCCGAGAUCCAUGACACCAACGUAGUUGAUAUCCUAAUACCCGAGUUUCUCAGCUCCCUGAGCACUUCGGGAUUACCUAACCAUCACAUUAAAUUGAAGGUUGGAACACCGGUUAUGCUUAUGCGGAACAUCGAUCAAUCUGAGGGUUUGUGUAAUGGCACCCGGGUAAUGAUAACUAAGAUGGCCAACCAUGUCAUCGAAGCAAGGGUAAUGGUCGGAAAAGGUUAUGGUAACUUGGUGUACAUCCCUCGAAUGGAUAUGUCACCUUCACAAUCCCCGUGGCCUUUCAAACUUAAACGGCGUCAAUUUCCAAUAGUUGUAUCGUAUGCAAUGACGAUCAACAAGUCUCAAGGAUAG